GCGGCGGCGGCGUCUAAACGCGGCCACGCGCGGCGGCGCCUUAAAGCGGCGGCGGCGCCUUAAAGGGGCGGCGCGCGGCGGCGCGGCCCCACUCCAAGAUGGCGCUGGCGAGCGUGGUGCGGGGCGGCGAGCCCGACGCCGAGGCGGCCCCCGGCUUCUUCCCGCUCCUCGCCGCCCCCCGCGACCCGCCGGGGCCGCCGGGCCUCGCCGCCCCGGCCUGGGGCACCGCGGCCCCCCCGGGGCCCGGCAUCGACGCGCUGCACGGCACCACCACGCUGGCCUUCAAGUUCGACCACGGCGUGGUGGUGGCGGUGGACUCGCGGGCCACGGCGGGCGCCUACAUCGCCUCGCAGACGGUGCGGAAGGUGAUCGAGAUCAACGCCUGGCUGCUGGGCACCAUGGCGGGCGGCGCCGCCGACUGCGGCUUCUGGCAGCGGCUGCUGGCCCGGCAGUGCCGCGUCUACGAGCUGCGCAACAAGGAGCCCAUCUCGGUGGCCGCCGCCUCCAAGCUGCUGGCCAACAUGGUCUACCAGUACAAGGGGCUGGGCCUCAGCAUGGGCACCAUGAUCUGCGGCUGGGACAAGCGCGGGCCCGGGCUGUACUACGUGGACAGCGAGGGCACGCGGGUGCCGGGCCGGGCCUUCGCCGUGGGCUCGGGGGCCGCCUACGCCUACGGGGUGCUGGACCGCGGCUAUGGGGCGGCGCUGGCCCCCGAGGCGGCCGCCGAGCUGGCCCGCCGCGCCGUCUUCCAGGCCGCCCGCCGCGACGCCUACUCGGGCGGCCGCGUCGCCGUCUACCACGUGGGGCCGGGCGGCUGGCGGCGCGUCUCCGUCGACAGCGUGGCCGACCUCCAGGAGGUCUACGGCGGCCCGGAGGGCCCCGCCUGAGCCGGGACGCCGGGGCCCCGGUGACCCCGGGACCCCGGCGGUGACGGACCUCCGCGGCCACCGUCGGGGACAGGCGGCGCUGGGACACCCCGGGGCAGGGGGCGGGGCUUGGGCGAGGCCCCGCCCCCUGCUCAUUUGCAUAAAGGCUGUUUGUCACCGCU